UCAGAAGUGGUUCCAACUAAGUCCUGUGGCCUUACCAUGAUUUAUCUUCCAUUAACCCCAACUUGUUUGUUGUGUGUUCAGGAGAAUGGGAAGAACCGCCUGCAGCAGGCCCAGGAUGAGGUGGAGGAGGUGAAGGUGAUCAUGCUAGAUAACCUCAACAAUGCUGCCGAGAGGUCAGGCAAGCUGAGAGAUCUUGAUAACAGGGCAGACAAACUUCUGGAGAAGAGUAAGGCUUUCUCAAAGUCUGCUCGGAAAGUGAAACAGCAGAAGUGGUACGAACACAUGAAGAUGAAAGUGUUGCUGAUUGCCGUAGGGGUCGUCAUAGCAGCCAUCAUCAUUGGGAUUAUUGCAUGGUUAGCGUCUGGCUCUGAUGACAGAGAGCAACCUGCUGCAGGGCAACCCACCUCAGGGCCUUAGGAUCCUAGACUGUCUGUCAGAGCAAAGGACAUGGAAGAAAUGAAGAUGGAGGAUGGAGACAGGGGCAGGCGAGACCUCAGAGGAAAUAAGGAGUCAAUCAGACAGAAAUAGUGGAUGUAGAUAAAGAGAGAGGUU